UUAAUUUUAACCAUGAAAAAAUGGCUAAGAUAAUAAAUCACCUACAUAAAUCACACACCGUUCGAUGAACAUUUUUUGAUCAAACCAUCGUUGACCUUCUUCUCAUCACACUUGCCUCACAUAAUGUUGUUAUAUCACGCGCCACCAUUACCUUUUCUUCUGACCAAAUUUCUCCAUCAUCAUCAUCGUCACUGUUCUCGCGCUUUAUCAUCAAUACCUCUUUUCUCAAAACCUCUUUCUAUCACCAAUCCUUCGUUCUCACAUUCUCGCCGGAGCUCAUUCCUUCCAAUGAACGGAGCAAGCAUCUCCACCGGAGACUCCCCCUUCUCCACGCCGGAGCACCUCAUCGGCGAGUGGUUCUCCGUGCCGUCGCUCCGGCUACGCGACCAUAGAUUCACCGUCCCUCUCGACUACUCUCGGAGCUCACACUCUUCUCCCGAGAUCACCGUUUUUGCUCGUGAAGUCGUUGCAGUUGGAAAAGAAGAACAAACAUUGCCGUAUUUACUAUAUUUGCAAGGUGGACCUGGGUUUGAGUGUCGAUCUCCAACUGAAUCUAGUGGAUGGAUUCAAAAAGUUUGUGAACAGUUCCGUCUCAUCUUAAUGGAUCAGCGUGGAACAGGCUUAUCAACUCCUUUGUCUGUGUCAUCAAUGUCACAAUUCAAGUCUGCAGAUGACUUAGUUGACUUCUUGAAAUAUUUUAGAGCUGAUAGUAUAGUAAAUGAUGCAGAGUUUAUUCGAGUUCGCCUUGUUCCAAAUGCUGGACCUUGGACAAUUUUGGGACAGAGUUAUGGUGGAUUUUGUGCAGUCACAUAUUUGAGUCUUGCACCAGAAGGACUGAAACAAGCCCUUUUGACAGGUGGAAUUCCUCCGAUCGGACAUGGAUGCACUGCAGACUCGGUAUACCGAGCAUGCUUUGAGCAAAUUAUACAUCAAAAUGAGAAGUACUACAAAAGAUACCCUCAGGAUAUUAAAAUUGUUCAAGAACUUGUUAAUUAUUUAGCAGAACAAGAAGGAGGAGGGGUGACCCUUCCAUCUGGGGGCAUCUUAACUCCAAGAGGGUUGCAGACUCUUGGUCUCUCUGGCUUAGGAUCUGGAGCUGGUUUUGAGAGCAUGCACUAUAUGUUUGAGAGAUUGUGGGAUCCUACUUUAGUUCCGGGAGCACCUAAGAGAAUAAGUUACUACUUCCUAAAUGCUUUUGAAAGCUCGUUAAGUGUUGCUACUAAUCCACUGUAUGCUCUUCUACAUGAAUCCAUCUAUUGUCAGGGUUCCGCUAGUAAAUGGUCUGCUAGUAGAGUAAGGCAUGAAGUUGAGGACAAAUUCGAUGCAAUUAAAGCUGCCAAAGAAGGAGUCCCUGUACUUUUUACAGGAGAGAUGAUUUUCCCAUGGAUAUUUGAUGAGAUUCAUGCCUUGAAACCAUUCAAAGAAGUCGCUCAUAUAUUGUCAGAGAAGAAGGAUUGGCCCCCACUAUAUGACGUUCAGGUUCUGAAUAACAACAAGGUACCUGUUGCAGCCGCGGUUUACUAUGAAGACAUGUACGUAAAUUUUAAGCUUUCGAUGGAAACAGCUUCUCAAAUAGCAGGGAUCAGACUAUGGAUAACUAAUGAGUUCAUGCAUUCCGGCUUGCGUGAUGAUGGGGGCAAAGUUCUUGAUCAUUUGUUGGGAAUGUUAAAUGGAAAGAAACCUCUAUUUUGAUCACCCCAUUGCAACUCUUCUUUUUCUCCCAUCAAUGUUUUAUUGUCCUAACUCCUAAAUUGCCUAGCCUUUGAAUUUUGAAAUUUUUAUUUUGAGCUCCUAGAAUUCAAUUAUUCACAUUAAAUUGUAAGAUUGUACUGUAUUUAUAUUUGAUGAAAUAAUGUCAGGUUGACAUUAGUUGUAAAUUAUUUAUCAUUUCCGAUGUACUCUUUUGGAGGCAAUAAAAUAUUUUUAAAGCUUGAA